AUGUGGGAAGGCGGGUGGGCGGAUGGACGACGCCAGAGACGGGAGACGGCCUCCGCCAGUGCUUCCCACCCACGUCUCCUUUCCUCGCUGUAUCCUUCGGGCGUCAUGCGCAUUAAGUUGCCAGCUGAGUGUCGCACAUCAUUGUUUGUUUGUGGCUAUGUGAAUAUGUCUGUCUACGUGGUCUUCACGGGGCGCUCCAUCUUUGGGGGCGCUCCUCCGCCAAUCCCCCCACCCACGCCGCCAGAAGAAGUCAGCGAUGGCGGCGAGCACAAACAAACACACACACACACGGAGAGCGAGAAGGAAAAAAGGAGCGCCCUCCGCGGCAGCAGUGAAAGCGGCGAUGGUAGUGGCUGUAGUAUUGGUGGGGGUGCUGUGGCGUCUGCGCAGGAGGUGUGA